GCGGCCGGAUUGGUGAAGAAGAGAAAGCACUUGUCACGUGUCUGAAAAUGGCAGACGCCAACAACAGUGAUGGGAGGAAAGAUGUUAACAGUAAACCAAGCAGCUCCGGAGGAAAACAGUCUGGUCUCUCAGCAGAGCAGGUUGUUUCAGGUUUCCAGCGGCUGCGUCAGGAGCAGCGCAGUAUGGCCACGAAAGCAGCAGAGCUGGAGAUGGAGAUCAGCGAACACAGUCUUGUGAUUGAUGCACUAAAAGAAGUUGACCCCUCACAAAAGUGCUACCGUUUGAUUGGAGGUGUACUGGUAGAGCGGACGGUCAAUGAAGUCCUCCCAACCCUGGAAAAUAACAAAGAACAGAUCUCCAAGAUUGUGGAGUCACUUGGGACACAGAUGAAGACCAAGGGGAAAGAGCUGAAUGAAUAUCGGGAACGAUACAACAUCAGGAUAGUGGGAGAGGAUGAGGCAGCGGGGAAAGCGGCUGUAGCCAAGCGAGAGAGUGAAGGAGGAGGCACCAAGGGUGGGGCAGGGGUAUUGGUGUCAUAGUAAAAUCGUUUCUAAAAUGUGUAGAUUGUCAUGGUAGCAUGUUGUUUCAUUUGUAUGUACAUCUUCAUGUAUUCAUGUAUUUUUAUUAACUGAUUAAACAGUUUAUUCACCAGA